GUUGUUUCAUGGUAAAAAAUGGCGGAUAAUGGCGGUGGCUUUUAAAAAUAAGACAAAUGGAAAUUACAUAAAAAAGACCGGUGUCCAGAGAAUAAAAAUUGAUAAAAAUCAUUGUACAAUCAUCAGUAAGUGAAGCAGACUUUAUUGAUAUAAGUUUUAUCUCCGGAGACAUCGUUCCGUCGUAGUGUACCUACUCCUUUAUUCAGUUUAUAUGUCAGCUAUGGAAUUUAAAGUUGAAAUUAAGGAAGAGGUUGUUGGAUAUAACCAAAAAGAUAUAGAGAGUCAGUUGUCCACAUCAAUAGAUCUGGAACACUUCAAAAAUGAAUCAGAAGAUAACCCAGAAAUGGUACUAAAAGCUAGAAUUAAGGAAGAGUUUGCUGAAGGUAGUCAAGAAUAUAUAAAGAGCGAACUAUCUACAUCCCCAAAUUUUGAAGACUUUAUUAACCUUCCGCAGAUAACGUGAAACAUUUUAAAAUUUUUGAUAACGUCGGUCUAACAAACCGACUUUUUCUAAAAUUAAAAAAAAAUAGAAAUUUAGCUGUAGGUGAUAAAUAUUUGUAAUAAUAUAAUUGUGUAUAUUAUUCUCUAUACAAAUAUAUAAAAUUUAUAAUUUUUUUGUUAUUUUAAUAAUUUUAAGGAGAUAUUAAAAAAAAGUGUCAUUUUUUAUGAACAGUCUUUUAAUAAAAUCAAAAUAAUUAUAACAAAAAAAAAAUAAAUUCUGGUUUCACUAAAACAUAAAUCAGUUACUUGUAUGUUAAUAAACAGAGAAAAUAAAAUUUUACUCUCAAAAUUUUCACAGAUCACUGAAACUAUUCCAAAUUUUGGGCACCAUAAUUUUCAAAACAAUGCCUGGAUAUUUUCGCCACCUUGUAGUUCCAUCUUUACCGAUAAGGCAGGUAUUCUUGAAGUACAAGCGGUUUCUUCAAGAAUAGGUAAGUUUUGUUGAUUUUCAAACUCCUCUUCAGAGUAUAUAUCCUCAAUAGUUUCUAUAAUAUGGUCGUCUAUCAAACUCACAUCAUCAUCAUCUGGUUCUGCCUCUGAAUCAUUUAAAACUUCCCCAUGAAGCCGCAACAGCCAUUCUUGUUCCCUCUCGUAAUUCAUUAGAAACGUAUGCCCUAAAAUAUAAUAUAAAUCAAUACCGCAAACAAAAAAUCAAAAAAAUUAGUCUUACCUCAAAAUGUAACGGCAACUAUAACGUCGGUUUGUGGGACCGAAUCGUGUAUAAUACUGAAAAUUCUUAUUAAACGAUACACGCUGUCCACUUGCUAAACUAUAACUGAAUAGAUACAAGCACGUUCGAAAGGUACUAUGAGGUGCAGAUUGAAAUAAAAAUUAGCAGCGCUUAAACCGCGAAAAUUUAAAUCAGUCGGUGCGAGAGACAUAACGUUAUCAGCCGAAGGUUAAUGAAUCCCAUGAAGGUAACUCAGGUUUUUCUCAGAACAGAAUAGAAAUCAUGAAAACUGAACUUGCGUGCACUACAGAACAAAAAAUAAGUGGAAAUACUGAAAAAAGAACAUCAAAAAAAUCAAAAAUUUUAAAAUGUAAAAUUUGUUUUAAGCAAUAUAACCAUGGAGAUUCUUUAAAACUACAUAUAAAAACGCACUCUGGAGAGCUUUACAAGUGCGAAAUUUGUUUUAAGCAAUUUUUUUUUAAAAGUAAUUUAAAAACACAUUUGAUGGUGCACACUGGGGAAAAACCUUUCAAGUGUGAAAUUUGUUGUAAGCAGUUCAGACAUAGAAGUACUUUGUAUAAACAUACCAAAGUUCACACUGGAGAAAAGCCUUAUAAGUGUCAAGUUUGUUUUAAACAAUUCAGAUAUAAAAGUUCUUUGGAUGAACAUACGAAAGUUCACACUGGAGUAAAGCCUUACAAGUGUGAAAUUUGUUUUAAACGGUUUGGUCAAACAAGUGGUUUGAAAACACAUUUAAAAGUGCACACUGGAGAAAAACCUUUCAAGUGUAAAAUUUGUUUUAAGGUGUUUAGUAAAACGAGUAAUUUGAAAUCACAUUUGAGAUCUCACACUGGGGAAAGGCCUUACAAGUGUACAAUUUGUUUUAAGCAGUUCGGACAUAAAAGUGGUUUGGAUGAACAUACCAAAGUUCACACUGGAGAAAAGCCUUAUAAGUGUGAAAUUUGUUUUAAGCAUUUCAGACAUAAAAGUACUUUGGAUGAACAUACCAAAGUUCACACUGGAGAAAAGCUUUACAAGUGUGAAAUUUGUUUUAAACAGUUCAUACGUAAAAGUUCUUUGGGUGGCCAUAUGAAAGUUCACACUGGAGAAAAACCUUAUAAGUGUGAAAUUUGUUUUAAGGUGUUUAGUAAAACAAGUAAUUUGAAAACACAUUUAAGACUGCACACUGGGGAAGCGCCUUAUAAGUGUGAAAUUUGUUUUAAAGAAUUUAAUCAAACAAGUAAUCUGAAAGCACAUUUGAAAGUUCACACUGGAGAAAAAAAAUAUAAGUGUGAAAUUUGUUUUAAGGUGUUUAGUAAAACGGAUAAUUUGAAAACACAUUUGAGACUGCACACUGGGGAAACGCCUUACAAAUGUGAAAUUUGUUUUAAAAAGUUCAGAUAUAAAAGUAAUUUCGAUGAACAUACGAAACUGCACACUGGAGAAAAGCCUUACAAGUGUGAAAUUUGUUUUAAAGAGUUCAGUGAAAUAAGGUAUUUGAAAACACAUUUGAGAGUGCACACCGGGGAAAAGCCUUACAAGUGUGAAAUUUGUUUUAAGCAGUUUAAACAUAAACGUUCUUUGGGUGAACAUUCAAAAGUUCACACUGGAGAAAAGCCUUAUAAGUGUGAAAUUUGUUUUAAACAGUUUGGUCAAACAAGUGAUUUGAAAACACAUUUAAAAAUGCACACUGGAGAAAACCAAUUCAAGUGUGAAAUUUGUUUGAAGGUGUUUAGUAAAAUGGCUAAUUUAAAAUCACAUUUGAGUUUGCACACUGGGGACAGGCCUUACAAGUGUAAAAUUUGUUUUAAGCAUUUCGGACAUAAAAGUGCUUUGGAUGAACAUACCAAAGUUCACACUGGAGAAAAGCCUUAUAAGUGUGAAAUUUGUUUUAAACAGUUCGUACGUAAAAGUUCUUUGGGUGAACAUAUGAAAGUUCACAGUGGAGAAAAGCCUUACAAGUGUGAAAUUUGUUUGAAGGUGUUUAGUAAAACAAGUAAUUUGAAAACACAUUUAAGACUGCACACUGGGGAAACGCCGUACAAGUGUGAAGUUUGUUUUAAAGAAUUUAAUCAAACAAGCAAUUUGAAUACACAUUUGAAAGUUCACACUGAAAAAAAAAAAUUACAAGUGUGAAAUUUGUUUUAAGGUGUUUAGUAAAAUGGAUAAUUUGAAAAAACAUUUGAGACUGCACACAGGGGAAACGCCGUACAAAUGUGAAAUUUGUUGUAAACAGUUCAGAUAUAAAAGUUCUUUCGAUGAACAUACGAAAGUUCACAAUGGAGAAAAGUUGUAAGCAGUUUACACAAACAGGUCAUUUGAAAUUAAAGAAUACACACUGGAGAAAAGUGCAUACUGGAGAUCAACAUAACAUUGCUAUUGUUUUACACAAAGAUAUGAAAUUGCUCACUUUAUAAACUUUAAUGCAACAAAAAUAAAUUUUUGGUUAUCUAUAACUGAUAUUUUUACGAUCUGGAGGAGCUUUUUUUGUAAUUUAGAAAAUUGUCAAAGUUGUGGUAAAAAGUAUUAAUUGUAGACUUUAAGUACUGAUAAAUACACACACACUAGUGAUGUAACGAAUAUUCGCAUUCGCGAAUAUUCGCAUAUUUUUGCAUAUUCGCAUUCGCAAAAUUUGUGCGAAUGUUUUGCGAAUAUUACACAGCUUGCAUUUAGCUCGUUCAGUAUCGAAAAGUGGUGAAAAAUAAGUCCAUAUUUCACUAUAAUUUGAUUUACUCAUAGUAAUAAAUCGCUAAUCACACUUUAACUAGAAAUUCACUUGUAUUUGUGCACGAGCAGAGCAGGGCAAGUGGAGUGACUUGUGUCCCGUGAAAUUUUUAUUGGAACUAUAACCAGAGAACAAAGUUCUCUGCUAUAACUUUCUCUCUAUAACAAGUCAAAUUUGAUUAUAACAAGAGAAAAUAAGAUCGAAAAACGUGCUUUCUACUUUUUUGGCCCGGACGUGACUAUAAAUAAAUACCUUUUUAAACGACCCCUCAAUAAACUUAACCGCCUACAAUAAACUUCUUUACAAUAAAUACAACUGUUUCACAUCUUUACUUUAGCAAAUAUGAUAGAAUGAUACUGGACAAUUUAAAGCAGUUAAAAAUGACAGACUUUUUCCAAUUGCCUACACACCUCGCGCAAAUGAGACUGCCGGCAGUGCCGGAGACAAUUAAAAUUACC